AUGUUCAACGAUCUUUGCCAAAAUGUUUUGAAAUUAAUCGGAAAUCGAAUUGUUUCAUUACGUAUAACAUUAACCAAUGUUAUUGAUGGAUGGUCGCUCGUUUCAUCGUCUUUAAAAUAUUAUCAAACAACAUUGCUUCAGCGUCUUCAUCUGAUCGAUAUUACACCACAUGAGUUUGAUAAUAUAUUGUGCAAUCCUUUAAUAAAACGAUUGCGUACUUUAUUAGUUGAUGUGACACCAUGUAAUCCAUUUCAUUAUCUUGAAAUUGAAGGAGUUUAUUUAACUAAGGUGUGUUCGCAAAUACCUUGUCUAACAAAUUGUCGACUUCCAUUUAAUGUUUAUCAUAAAAAUCUAUAUAAAUUAAACAAAUAUUCAGUAGUACCAAUAAUGAGUUUACCAAAUUUAUUAAAUACAACUCAUCUUCGUACAUUGACCAUUGUUCCAUGGUCGUUAUUAACAAAAAUUUCAAUUGAUGAAGGUGAUGUUGUUACUACAGGUGAACUAGAAUCAAUAUUACGGAUGGCUUAUAAUGUCCAUACACUGGUUAUACGUGAUGAUAGGGGAGUUUUUUCCCACGCGAUAUUACAUAAUAUUGAUAAUCUCGGAACUCGUGUUAAUCAACAAAUACAAACAUUGGAAAUUGAUGAUAUGACAUUGACAUUGAAAAAUAUUCAGUAUUUUGGCAGAUUGUUGUCAAAUCAAUUAGCUAAUUUGAAAAAGGUUUUGUUUAAAAUCUAUGAUUCAUGUGAUGGGUGGAAAUGGAUACCAUCACGUAUUAUUGAUGGUGAAAAUGAAUCUACAAAACGUAUUGUUAACGUUAUUUAUUUCCUUAUUGAUCAUUUGCAACAGCUUGUUUUGCUUCACAUCGACUUCAUCAGUUUCAAUUACUUGGAAUCACCUUGUUUUCCACAUCUAAUUCAACAUCAACUAAAUCAAUAUCCAAUAAAUCGACCGUAUCGAUUACGUUGUCUUGCUGAGAGAAUUGAAAUUUGUCUUUAA